AUGGCCGAUCAAUCCAGACCCAUCACCGGCAACCGAGGUCACUCCGGCGCGACUGUACACCCUUAUGUUUUCCGGCCUCCGAAUGCUCCACAGAAUCAACCCACAUUCCACUCUAAUCCAAACGCGUCAAGACUACGCGCCACCCUACACUGUUUCAUCAUCAUUCUCGUCGGCUUUAUCAUCAGCAUCGUCAUCUUUAUCUUUUUUUCCUGGAUGUUGUGGCUCGACCUCAACUCACGUCAUCCUCUGUUUCGUGUAGAAACAUUAACCCUAUCCAAUUUCAGUAUUUCGUCGAACUCACUGAUUUACGGCGAGUUGGACGCCAAUUUCGUUGUUCGGAACCCUAGUCUGAGAAAUACUCUUUACUAUGAUCAAAUCGAAGCUGAUCUCUUUUACAAAUCAGAUUUAAUUUCAGUGGCUAUUCUGUUGCCUUUCAUGCAGGGAACCAAUAAUGAGACAGCGAUUAGGGCAACCUUUGCUUCUUUGACAGGGCAUGUCGAUGAUCGAGAUCGAGAUAGCAUCAUCAAUGGUGAGAAGAUGAUAAAGUUUUAA